AUGGGUUUCGACUUUUCUAGAAGACAAUGGUUAAUAAUAGUGGUUAUAUCUAUAGCAGAUUUUUGUAACGCUUUGUGCGUCGCCCUGCAAGCACCAUUCUAUCCACAAGAGGCAGAGAAGAAAGGAUGUUCAGCCACAGAGUACGGUCUAGUGUUCGGUGUGUUCGAACUGGUUGUGUUUCUAGUCAGCCCGCUGUAUGGCGCCCAUCUCAACCGGAUUGGACCGAAGCUGCUCUUCAACGCCGGUAUUCAGACGACGGGAACGUGUGCCAUAUUGUUUGGGUUACUUGAUAACGUGGAGGGACACAUUCCAUUUAUAACUUUGAGCUUCUUGAUACGUAUUAUAGAGGCGAUGGGUAACGCAGCUUUCCUCACGGCAUCAUUUGCCAUUAUAGCCAAAGAGUUUCCAAACAAUGUGGCAACAAUGUUUGCCUCUUUAGAGACAUUCUUCGGACUUGGCUUAAUAGUUGGUCCUACUCUCGGUGGUGCCUUAUACAGUAUCGGGGGAUACUAUCUUCCUUUCGCGGUGCUUGGUGCGACGCUUUUCUGCACAGCAGUGAUGAGCUACGCAGUGCUGCCAAAAUGUCACGAUGAUGAGGAUCUAAAACCAACUGGACCAACCAUGUUCACGCUAUUGAAAAUCCCUGGCGUUUCACUCGCGGCAAUCAGCAUCAUGUCGACUAGUAUGAGCAUUGGAUUUUUACAGGCGACGCUUGAACCACAUUUGCGACAGUUCAAAUUCUCCCCGGUGGUACUGGGCCUGAUGUUUGUGAUCAACGGCGGGGUGUACGCGGUGUCGGCGCCAGCCUGGGGCUGGCUUUGCGACCAUCCCUCUAUAAAGCCCAAAUACGUUACCAUCAUGGGAUGCCUCUGUGUCGCGAGUGCUUUCAUUCUGAUCGGUCCGGCGCCCUUUAUUAAUUUGCCAACACUUAUGUGGAUGACAAUACUAGGUUUGGUGCUGCAUGGGAUGGGUAUGGGUAGCCAGCUAGUUGCCUCAUUCUCGGACGCUUUGAGCACUGCUAUAGCCAGUGGUUUGCCCAACUCCAUUGAAACUUAUGGUCUUGUAUCUGGCAUGUGGACUUCAGUCUUCGCGUUGGGCGCAUUUGUGGGUCCGACGGUAUCCGGUCUCCUAUUCGAUUCCGUCGGCUUCAGACAAUCUACGAUGUUUAUUUUUAUUUUGCAUUUGGUUGUAAUGGUCGUGGUGUUGCUCUACUUAUGGACUUGCGACCGCGCUUCCAAGAUGGACGUCUCAGUGUCAGCUGGUGAUUUAUUACAAUUAGAUGGAACGCUGGAUGAGAGUGUACUCCUCGGAGAUAAAUAUAUAAUGCCUCCGCCAAGGACUAAGAGCCGCCGUUGUGGCAUCAGCGUGGAACAAUCCCGGCCGCCUGCGAUGAACAGCCUGAUUGCGUGCUCUAGCUACAAGAACCGCCGCAGCCCGUGGAGCCAGCGCACGCCUCGCUACCGACCAUCCUAUGGCAGCCUCGACCAUCGCUUCCGAGGCGCACUCUCUGUCACAUAA